AAUCUUCUCGAGAAAAAAACUAGUAGGAGGAGAUUUUUCUUGUGACAGAGCCAGGAUGCUUUUUCAAGCUUCAUAACAGGAGGUGACUUUUUACUCUUGAGUCAGUCUUACUUGGAACUACAGGUUAUUGACGUCCUUACUCUGAUAACAUGGAAGUGAAGAUGGCAUCCAAAAGACGAGUUUUCAUCAGUCUGCCAAAUAAAUACUUUGCUGCUCUUGCUGAAAAAUAUGAACUGGAUCAUGGACUGGUGAUAAAAGAGCUGAAUCCUUAUGUGAAUGAAGGAUAUAUACGAGCUUACUUCAGAGACUGGGGCACGGUUACUGCGUGUAAGAUUACGAAGAGCACAAAAUCGAAGGAGAGUAAAGCGGUGGCGUAUGUGAGGUUUUCCACAGAGGAUGAAGCCGACAUAGCCGAGUGGUCUGGUCCUCACUAUAUAGGAGGGGACGUGGAAGUGAGACGAGUUGUAAGUCCAAAGAUGGAGGAGGAUGCAGAGGAGGAGGUCGCUGCAGUCGUUUCCAAUAAGCCCCCCCCACGACGUUCAAUGGGUUUGGGCUACAUACUGGAGGAUGCUCAGUGGUUAGAUCAGGCUGAGCAAUAAUUGAUUUAUGUGAUUUGGUUCCACACAAACUUAAGUAUACGAAUGCUUCAUCUAUACCAUGUGGUAAAAUGUUUAUAGCCUUGUUAGGUCUUUUUUUCUGGCUGAUUUUAUGUGAUGGCAUAUAAACAUGUUGCACUCUCUCAUCCUAAUCCUGUGAUCUUUAAAAUAAACAGUUUAGCUUAUACACAGUAGAUAUCAUGUGCUACUGUAGUGCUAAAUUCUAUUUGAAGCAUCCAUUGUUUUGGCUAUCCUUGCAGAUCUUCAUUUUAGUUUUCUUCAUCUUUGACUUGGUGGUGUUGUUCUUGUUUGAAGCCUUUUGUCUGGUUCAAUCUGCCUGUAACUUGUUUUUUUACUUCUUGUGUGUGACACAGAAAGUGUAUUAAAAAAAACAUACCAAUAAAGUUGAUUCCACUACUGA